CAUGUUUGGAAAUGUUCUCCCUCGGGCGCUGCUUCAGCCGGAGAGAGGAGCUGCAGUCUGCCGGACAGCUCGCAGUGCUGAGGUUCACUCUGAGGAUUUCUCUCUGCGUUACGGUUCGUUAAAAUAAUCAUUCAGCAUCAUGGCUCAGGCGAAAAUCCACGCUAAGAUGAACGAAGCUCCGUGCAAGUUCAGCAGGACCCUGUCCAUGGCUGAUCGCUCCGGACGACUUCUGGAAAGUUUGGACCAGCUGGAGCUGAGGGUGGAGGCUCUUCGUGAAGCAGCAUCGGCCAUGGAGCAGGAAAGGGAGUGCAUCCUGGAAAUGCUUCAGUCCAUUCAGAACAGUCAAGAAAUGCGGAACAUCUGUGCUGGCGAGAGAGAAGAGCUAGAUCUAACUGCAAACCGUCUGAUGGGCCGCACGCUGUCUGUGGAGAUCUCUGUUGGCACCAUCAGAAACUCCCAGCAGGAGGAGGCGCUGAACAAAGCCACAUCUAUUAUUGAUGAAAUUGUUAAAAAGCUGCUGGACGACAUGGCAGGCAGCCGACAGAAGCUGCUGGCCCUGCAUGCGGCCUGUGUGACCGAGGCUCCUCCUGUUCCCAUUGAUCAGAAGUUUCAGGCCUUAGUGAUCAGCUGCGCCCUGGAGGACCAGAAGAAGAUCAAGAGGAGGCUGGAGACUCUGUUAAGGAAUGUUGAAAAUGCUGAAAAGAACAUCAAGAUUAUGGAUCACCAAAAACUGGAAAACCCAAAAACUAAUGGGUGUAAAUGAGACUUUUCACCAAAUCAUGAUUAAUGUCUUCAAUGCCUUUAAUCUCUUGGAUAACCAUUUGUUUAACCCUUAACAAACCUUUUUGAAGGACUCUUCAUGUAGCAGCAAAUCAGAGCAGAUUGAAUUAUCACAGUGAUGCUGAAGCUUGAGUCAAAAAUUACAGGAAAGCACAACAAUCUCCAUAAUUCACCCUGAUAUAAUAACAUGAAUAUAACUAUAUUUACUACUAAUGAUCAUCAUUUAUACUAAGCUACUUAAAGUACCAGUACAUGGUAUGUUUACACAAGACAGAACAGAGGCAAAGUCUUAGCCAUACUUCACAUUUGAUGGCUUCAGUCUUUUAAUUGCUUAAAAAACAAUGAUUCCAGUGUUGAAAAGUAUCUGUUUCUUUUGUUUCUCGCUGUUUUAAUCCAACAUUUCACUUUGUAAGGAUUUAGGAUGUGCACAGAAACACACUACCUCUUUGUGUGAAGGCAACACAAAUCACAUUAAGCUGUGGAUUUUAGUUCGUAUUUGCACAAAGCAGUUUCCAUGUUAGAUUGUGUCAUAAAAGGUGAAUAAAGCACACAUUGUUUAAUCACUUUUCAGAAAAAGUCUUUGAGUAUGUCAAGGUAAUCCUGACAGAUAAUACGACAGAAGCUGAUUUCAAAGGUUGCAUAUACUGCAUGUUAUCAGGAGUAAAGCUGUUACAUUUUUCUCUUAGUUUAGGAGCUUUGUUGAACCAACAUUAUGGCAUUUUCAUAGGAUUAAAAUUAUAUUCUAUAUAAUCUUUAAGAACCUUAGUGAACACCUAUUUACACCCAGGCAGCCAGCACUAAACAUGUUCAUUUAUAUACAAACAAAUAGGGCAAACUAACCGAAAAAUAAGGUCAGUUGGCAGAGUACACACAGAGACAGCUCUUACCAUUAGGAAAAGGUAGCCAAUUGUCUGGGGUCUCAUGCACUAAAGCACUGGUUCCCAACCUGGGGAGGUUUGUCAGAAAUAGUUCACAUAUUUACUAAAAUCAUGAUAAAGCACUUACUAAAUACUUUAUACAUCUUUUAGUACAAAAAAGUGUGAUGGCCUAUUUUCUUAGGGUGUUAUCAAUGAAACAAAUAAAACUGAUGUUUUUUGACA